AUCACGCAAGAUCGUUUGCGUGAGGAGAAGCAUCUCCGUACCGCGCAAGAUCGACAAAAUAACGCGAGCAUUGCACGAACACGGGUUUAAGGUGGUGUGAACAUUUACUCCCGCAGACGAAGAUCAACCACAAACUGUAUAAGCAACAGCUGCUCGCAGGGAAAACAGUCAGUUUUUCAUACGCAUCCGGAACGAUAGUAUCUGCGGUUGCGACGCUGCUUAAUCGUUUACCGGCACAGUAUCGAACGGUUUCCGUACAGGAACAUAACAGAAAGUGCAGUGACGAUUUGCAGAAUAGAAACACUUUACUGAAGGCUCGAUAAGUGCGAUUAGAUUUAAUCUUUUGCCAGAUAAACGGUUCAUCAUUGGUGCCAGAAGCAGAAUGGACGAUUCCAUUGAUGAUGAGGUGAUUUCGGGUGGCUCUACCGUUACCAUCGAGUUCAGUGGUGGAGCGGAAACACUUUUCGGUGGUGUGAAGGAACACACCGUACCGUUAGAUGGAUCAAAAAUAGUAUUGCUCGAGGAGAUGCUCCGAUGGUUGCGAGAUAAUCUGCUGACCGGUGAUGCGAAUCUGUUCCUCCAGGAUAAAAGCGUUCGGCCCGGCAUCUUGGUCAUGAUCAACGAUACCGACUGGGACCUGAUGGGUGAAACCGACUACAUCCUUCAGCCUGGCGAUCAUAUUCUCUUCAUUUCCACCCUCCAUGGCGGAUAAACACCAUGGUCGGAAAAGAUACCUGUGAUAAACUACUUCUACUUCUACUACUAAUACUGCAGAUAUUGCUGCUGCUAAUUGCUACUACUAUUGCUCGCUAUAGGCACAGAUUAGAGCGAUACUGUUAAGAAUGGUUCUAGUGUUAAGAGUGAACUGGCUCUUUCCUUCAGCUCUUUUCCCCUUUCCCCACUUACGAUUCAUGCGCAAACGGUACCCCGUACACGAAAAACAAAGGACAAACAAUUAAUUCACCCCAUAGAAAACGAUGUAGCGUAAAACGGCGGUGCUGAUAAUAGAAAGACGCUCGUUUUUUUUCUAGCAAAAUCAAGCACCGAGAAGCUUCGUGAGUGGUGCCAUGUUUGAUUUGCGAAUCGAAAGGGUGGUUUGGAUUUAUUUGUUCAACCAACGGCGAAACUGCAUGUGCGCUUGUGUACGAGGGUAUGCUAGAGCUAAUUGAUGAAAUGAUGUAAGCAUAAGAAAAAAAGGGGCAAAUAACAGAAUACAAAAUUAACCCGUUGAUUUUUUUUGUCGGUUAAAGCUAAGCAGAUCACUGUACUUUCUUCUGCACGGUGCUUAGUGUGUUGGUUUCUCGAAUUCACAUCAAGCCGGGGAGUUUUUAUAAAUCGUUUUUAAUUUUGUUUAUGAUGAUCGUACUGAAGACGAAAGAGGAAGAGCGUUAGGCAUAUACGGGAAGAGUUAAUGGAGAAAUAUAUACCAAUAUAAGUUGAUUA